GGCACAGAGUCAGUCAUUCUUCUGCUGAGCACAUCGAGCACAUUUAAAGCAGAGGAGACGUGAAAGAAAGGCGAGAAGAAAAGAGAGAGAGAGAGACAGAGGCUAGCCUGCCUGAUGGCAGAGAGCUGGAUGUCCCAGUGAGGUCAGGUCGGACGGAGGUCAUGGGGUCAUUUACGCUGGGCAAAGCUGCUUCACUGGAGCUGCUACUGGAUGCCUGCAUUCAUGCAUUUGAUGAUAAAGGAGAGCUGCAUGAAAAUCAGCUUCCUCGAACAUUUCUGCUGAUGCAUCGCUGGUAUGUUUCCUCCACCGAGCUCGCUGGGAAGCUUCUGAUCAUGUAUCGUGACUGUCGGGGAGAUGACUGCCAAAGGACACGACUGAAGAUCUGUUAUUUAAUGAGGUACUGGAUUGCUGAAUUCCCUGCAGAGUUUGAUCUGGAUCUGGGUCUGAUCCGUCUUACAGAAGAGUUUCGAGAUGCAGCCGCUGAGCUUGGUGGAGACAAACACAUUAAACUACUUGACAUUUCUACAAUCCCCUCGUAUGACUGGAUGCGUAAACUGACUCAGCGGAAGAAGCAGGUGAAGAAGGGCAAAGCGUCACUGCUGUUUGAUCAUCUGGAACCCAUCGAGUUGGCCGAACAUCUUACCUUCUUAGAGUACAAGUCCAUCAGGAGGAUAUCGUUCACAGAUUACCAGAGUUAUGUGAUUCACGGCUGUCUGGUAGAUAACCCUACACUAGAGCGCUCCAUCGCUCUGUUUAACGGCAUCUCUCAGUGGGUUCAGCUGAUGGUUCUCAGUAAACUCACCCCUCAGCACAGAGCAGAGGUCAUCACCAAAUACAUCCACGUCGCACAGAAACUGCUCCACCUGCAGAACUUUAACACAUUGAUGGCUGUGGUUGGUGGUCUGAGUCACAGCUCCAUUUCCCGCCUGAAGGAAACUCAUUCACACCUCAGCCCAGAGGUCACUAAGAUCUGGAAUGAAAUGACAGAGCUGGUUUCGUCCAACGGUAAUUACUGUGCUUACCGCAAAGCCUUUGGUGAAAGCAAAGGCUUUAAGAUCCCGAUUCUAGGUGUUCAUCUGAAGGACCUGAUCGCUGUACAUGUGGUGUUUGCGGACUGGGUGGAGGAUGGGAAGGUGAACAUUGCAAAGAUGCAGCAGCUUUUUCUCACCUUUAACGAGCUGGUGUCUCUGCAGAGUGCUGUGGCUCAGGUGGAGCCCAACAUGGACCUCAUUUACCUGCUCAACCUGUCCUUGGAUCUGUACUACACAGAAGAUGAAAUUUACGAGCUGUCCUUGCUCAGAGAACCCCGCAAUCCUAAAUCUCAGCCCACAUCACCCACAACACCCAACAAACCUUUGGCUCCACUGGACUGGGCUUCUGGGGUAACCACCAAACCAGAUCCCUCAGUGGUCAACAAACACAUCAGGAAAGUUGUGGAUUCUGUCUUUCGAAACUACGAUCAUGAUCACGAUGGAUACAUAUCUCAAGAAGACUUUGAGAGCAUCGCUGCAAAUUUCCCUUUCCUUGAUUCCUUCUGCGUGCUGGAUAAAGACCAGGAUGGACUGAUCAGUAAGGAUGAGAUGAUGGCGUAUUUCUUGCGUGCCAACCCGCUGCUGCAGUGCAAGAUGGGGCCUGGAUUUAUUCACAACUUCCAGGAGAUUACGUACCUGAAGCCGACCUUCUGCGAACACUGCGCUGGAUUUCUCUGGGGGAUUAUUAAACAAGGAUACAAGUGCAAAGAUUGUGGAGUGAACUGUCAUAAACAGUGUCGUGAGCUGCUGGUUUUGGCAUGUCGUCGUCUGCCUCGCUCCACGUCUCUGGGCAGUGUGUCUCCUGGAGUGCUCACACACAGCUCUUUACCCAGCAGCCCCAACCUGCCCACCUGUAAAGACGACGAUGAGGUGUUUACGUUUCCCGCUGUGUCUCCAUCAUCCGGCUCUGAUCUGGAAGGAAAGUCCAUCACCCUGAUGACGGGUUCUGCCCAGCGCAUUUCAGUGCGGCUCCAGAGAGCAACUACCAGCCAGGCCACGCAGACAGAGGAACACCUGUGGCCUGAAAACGGCUGGGCAGCCGUCGCUGACAGCGGCUCGCACACCUUCCCCAAAAUGAGGUACAGGCCACAUCGCAAAGCCUCCAAGAGCAAAGGCUUCGCACGUUGGGAGAACGACACGCAGGGCUCGAUGGGGACGAGGAACAGCAGGAACUCACAGGAGCACAGUGAAGAGUCACAGCAGAAUGGACUCACAGAACAACAUACCAAUAAAACCAGGACCUCUGAGAUCAGCUGACUUGACCGCUCAGUGGGCCCAUGCAGGACACCCUGGAGCCUGUCCGGACCCCGGCCCAGAGGCCUUUCCUCACUGGUGGGCAUGCUGGGGUGCCUGAUGCCUCCAGUGGAUCAGGAAUAGAGCCACUCUUUCCACAGCCUCGGCAACUGAGAAACGGCAGGCUCUCGACCCGCUGACUCAAAGGAAAGGUCUCGGACUAAACAAGGAGUGACUGCACUGCGCUGUCCUGAGUAUCCAAACAGACGCGUUGGAAAGCGAACUGAGAAUCACUGGAUGCUGAUGUGAAGGAUGCAUCAGCCGAAUAACAGAUGCAUGAGCAAGAGUAUUUAAGGUAUGCCGCUGACGUGCUUUUGACACGCUCUGGUUUUCGUUCUCCAAAAAAAACACUAUGCGGAAUGAGACGCAAUGGAUGUGAAGGUUAAGUUUGGUUUGUUAGAAACUGAAGAUGUAGGUAUGUAUGAUAGAAUAUUAAAACACUAACUAUUACUCAGCAACACAUUAUGAGCUCAGAUUGAAGGUACGUCAAGUUUCAAGACCCCAACUAUAAGAUUACACUCUUUUCAAGGAUUGUUUCACAUGUGGCGAGACCAUGAAGUGACCUCUGACCAUCUGCACCAUUACAUCAGUGUUGCCUGGUAACAGUGAUAUCUAUAUAAGGGUGAAAUGAUCUAAAUAAAUUCAGAGACUUGAAUUCAGCAGACACACGUGUGCCGUCAGCCAGGUGUUUGUUUGGCCUCUGUUGCUAAGCUCCAGACAAGUCCAUCAGCAACACGGUGUCCUUCAGUGCCAUAUGAAGUAUGUUUGACACCGAGACAGGCUCAGUUUGAGCUCGAAAGGAUUUGAUGGGACAAGCUUCAUGCCAUUAUUUUUGCUGACUGCAUGUGUGUUUGUGUAUGAGAGAGAGAGAGAGAGAGAGAGAGAGAGAGAGAGAGAGAGAGAGAGAGAGAGAGAGAGAGACGACACAGGUGGAUCAAAAGAUCAAAUAAGACAAACAGUGAUUAUAGUCCUUGAGUCGAUAGGAUUAGAUGUACUUCUGGAAUCAAAAAAAUAUAGAACAUUCUGUCAUUAUUUACUUCAUGGCUUUCUAAACCCAAACGAUUGGCUCUGUAGGAAACUAGCAAUUUUAGCUAAAUCUCUGCUCUUUUCCAUACAAUAGAAGUGAAUGGUGAACCUAACUUUUACAUUAAGUGGCAGAUUUGCCGAAAUUGAUUUCCAGAGGGCAUUGUGUUGUUGUUAAUUUGGCAUUGAUGUUGUAGUUCCACUGACAUAGCAUAUCAGCUCAUUAUGUUACGGCAUACUUCCCUUUAUAGUAUGUGAAAAACUGGAUGUACACUCAUUACACCACUAUUUGACAGUAUUAGAAAAGCAGUAAGUACACAGAAGUACUUCCACCUAUAUUUCUGCCUCUUUUCAUGAAUUCUUAGGUCAUUUAGCCUCAAGAUGCUCUUGAUUUACAGCCUUCACGGUAUAAAAGACCAUUUCCACCAUGAAAUGAAAAAAAAAGUAAAUUAAAGCCACUCUGACAAGUUUACAUCCCUUUUUUUGGUUUUGGUGUAUAAACUCAGAAUUAUGAUACAAACUUGAAUUAUUAGCCCCUGAAUUAUUAGCCCCCCUGUUUAUUUUUUUCCCCCAAUUUCUGUUUAACGGAGAGAAGAUGUUUUCAACACAUUUCUAAACAUAGUAGUAUUAAUAACUCAUUUCUAAUAACUGAUUUAUUUUAUCUUUGUCAUGAUGACAGUAAAUAAUAUUUGACUAGAUAUUUUUCAAGACACUUCUAUACAGCUUAAAGUGACAUUUAAAGGUUUAACUAGGUUAAUUAGGUUAACUAGGCAGGAUAGGGUAAUUAGGCAAGUUAUUGUAUAACAAUGGUUUGUUCUGUAGACCUGGGGUUUUAAAACUGUGGGGCGCACCCCACCAGGGGGGUGCCAGCACCUAUUAAGGGGGGCGCGAGAAUUUGAGGCAUGCACUCGAGUGUGUAGACAUUCAAAAAAAUAUAUAGCUUAAUGGGGCUAAUAAGUUUGACUUUAAAAUGUUUUUUUUUUUUUAAUUAAACAUGCAUUUAUUCUAACCGAAAUAAAAUAAAUAAGACUUUCUCCAGAAGAAACAAUUUUAUGAGACAUACUGUGAAAAUUUCCUUGCUCUGUUAAACAUAAUUUAGGAAACAUUUAAAAAAGAAAAAAUAUUAAGUUCAAAGGGGGUUUAAUAGUUCUGAUUUCAACUGUAUGUCUUAAAAUUUUAACUUGUCUGACAAGAUAUAAUACUGUGGUGGAAACAAGCAACUGUCAGGUCAAAUUUUCUCAGUUUCAAUUUAAAUUUAAAGGUGCAGUAGGUGAUUUGCCAAAAUGCUAUCCGUUAGCAUAAAAGCUUUAAAAACACAGUCCCUCCCCUGCCAUCCAAAGCCAGUCCUCCUGAAGUCACGAACACGCACCCCAGUGACAUCAUUUGUAGAAGAAUCUAGUCAUAAUGUGCAGUAUUUCAUGCAUUCAAGGAUCGCUGGUCUCACUCUCUCACGCUCUUUGUCCUAAAGCCACUAUGUCUAGCAAGCCAUAUGCUAAGCCAUACUUACAUGCUACUUCAGACAAACUAUUCAGAGUAGCAUGGUAAACAAUAUAGGGAGCGCUUCAAAAAUGAACCAACGUGAAUAUUAAUCCAACUUCACCUCUGUAAUUCAAGCUAGAGAGAAUAGCGCUAUUUACUUAUCUUUUGUUGUUAAAAUAAAUAAAAAUCGACAUUAUUGAUGUUGUAAAAGGCCCUAUGAAACUAUGAGUAGCUGAACAACACUUCCAUGCAUAUAACCCAUUUGUGAAACAACACAAUCUACUUCAGCUUUGCGUGAGUAAAAAGAGUUUUAAAACAUAACAUUACCUGUCUAAAAGAAGUACUUCAGCCAUGGUGUGAUCCUUCCUCCAGCGUGCAAAAGUAACUCCAAUAUUGAUUCAGGAUUUGAAAAAGUUUUGAUUCAGCAUUUGUUUUUAUUGCUGCGGAUCUGUCUGCGUGAAGAGAGGUGCACAGAUGUAUAAAUCUACAUUUUACAUACAGUUUUACAUACAUCUACAUACAGUUUGAGCUACUUAUCAGAAUUAUGUUAACUGGAUGAACAGACAAAUGUUAAUUGGAUGAACAUUAUUUGUCUUGUGCCUUAUCCAGAAUAUAAAAUACAUAUAAAUACAUUUAGAUCAUUUACCUUUAUCAUUACUAUUGGAAUGUGAAGAGAUUUUCAACCAGCACAACAAAAAUGUUUCUGAAGACAAUCACCUACUGCACCUUUAAGUAUACUCCUUUCUGUUGUUGUUGUUGAGCUAUUACACUUUUUUGUUCCCGUUCACUUCCAUUAUAUGGAAAGCAAAUAAGUUAUCAUACACAGAAAAAGUCAUACAGCGGGAAUAAGUGAAUAGAUGACAUAGGCUAAUGAUGCUAAUAUACUGAAGCAUCUCUGUCAUCUGAAGCCUCUGUAUGAAGUUGUGCAAACAAUUGCCUGUUGUCAUGGUCAUUAUUCUAAUCGUGUGCCAAUGAUUCUGCUCUAAUCUGUCUGAUAAUAUGAUGCACAUAUAUCUUUAGUGCUGGUCAGUGUGUAAAUUGAACCAGCGAAUAAAGGAGAGGUGUUGAACAUAGCAUAUAGCCUACUACUUAGUGACAGUUGACCCCAAAAUGAAAACUUUUUGGAUUGUUUACAAACCCUCAUAUUGUUACAAACCUUUAUUAAUUUCUUUCUUCUGUGGCACAUAAAAGUUUGUAUUUUCAGAAGUUUUUUUUUUCAUUGGGUGACAGAAAUGUCUGAUUGCUAACACCUUCAUGGAUGCCAUUUUGUAUUAUUAAUUUUUAUCUAAAUUAUUUCUUUAAUUCUAAGCAGAAUUUCACUUCACCAGAGCCUCAUUUGAGAGAAUUAUGAUACCUGAUGUCUUAUUGAUGGGUGAGUAUUAUUGCUAAAGUGUUUGUGAUAUCAUUUGGCCAAAUCGUUGAGCACACAUUAUUUGACUUGCGAGCAGCAGCACCCAUAUCAACACAAUUUCUUGUGCAAACAUCUUUACGUAACGCUAGCUUUGCAACAUCACGAGAGGUGUAUUGAAAAAACUGAUGACUAGGCCUCCAGAAGAUAUUGCCAGUAGUUACUGUUGUAAAAUGAUCAACCUUGUCAUUUCUGUAUUGACUGUAGCCAUAGGCCUAUGAAUGUUUCUGGCCGAUGCCAGGUCUACUUGAGGAAGAGGUGUACAUUUAUACUGUAAGCUGAUUUAGCUACACAAAGUUCAUGUCUACUACAUUGUGAGCUUAAACACACACACAUAUAUGUUUAUUCACAGUUGCCGCUGCAAUUUUUCCCCCCUCGGAAAUGUAUGAAUACGCAAUGUGAGGUUUUUAAAUAUGUUGAAAUUAGGUUGUGUGCAGCGAGCAGAUCAUCUCAGUGUCUCAGGGUUGCCAGUAAAAAUAAGCUUGACCCAUAAAACUGAAUAUUAAACACCAAGGGAUCCUGACUGGAAUAUCUGGAGAACAUUCGUGUAUGUUAGCUGAAAAGCAUAUUUCUGAUAGAAAUAAAAUAUUACAUUAAAAGUAUUUAUAGUGUAUUUUUAAACAACUGGAUGUAGAUGUGAACUUGCUUGAACUGGAACGACGUUCAUUGAAGAAUGUGACAUGUAGACAUAUCCCAUGAUUCCUUCAUCGCACUCUUGUAAUUCACUUGCUAUUCAUGGAAAAAACUCAACAAAUGCACUACCUAGCUAGCAUAAACUUAUGGACUUUUUAGAACUUUAAAAGAUUUACACUUUGUGUUCAAUAUUUCCUGAUGACUAGUAUUAAACUGUGAUUGUGUGACAAAUGUUUAGGAUUCGCCCCCAUUUUGAAGGUGUUAAACUGAAAUCUGCUGAUCUCUAUCGCCCCCAUGUGGCCGCUGUAUGUCUAUGCACGUCACAUCCGGAUUGUUUCAUGGGAAUCUGCAUAAUGUCUGUGGAAUAUUUAAUUUAGAAAAGUUGUUUUUGUCUUUGUAACUGCUGAUAUUUUACCUUACAAAGUAAACGAUAUUCAAAUGAUGCAAGGAAAUUAA